AGAGCACGUUUACCAGCUGAGUGUCAGACACAGUGUGUUUCCCUUCUCUAAGCCGAACUACUGCAGUAGAAUAGAGGGCAGAGCAUAUGGAGACUAACAGUAGAGAAACACUUCAGGCAGCCUUUGAUGCAUUUGAUAUUUCUGAGAAUCUUGGAUUUCUCCUUGAAGAGCCACUGACCACCCUUCCAGACUAUUAUCGGGUGUGGCUGGACCUGGCAAAUAAUCUCACACAUCUAAUAGAAUCACGUAAACUGCGGGAUCAGGUUCAUAAGAUGCCGGUCUUGAGUCCAAAUCUCUUGAGUAACCAUCGGGAGCUCAGGCUGGCUCAUCUAGCACUGGGGUUCAUCAUCAUGGGAUAUGUAUGGCAGGAAGGACAACAUGCACCCGCUCAGAUCCUCCCAAAAGCCCUGGCUAAGCCCUAUUGGCAGGUGUCUAACAUGCUCGGCCUUCCACCUAUCCUGACUUACGCAGAUUCAGUUUUAGCCAACUGGAAAUUAAGGGAUCCCGCAGGGGAAAUGGAAAUUGGGAACUUGGACAUGAUAUUUUCCUUUCCUGGUGGUGAGAGUUGCAGGGGAUUUUUCAUAGUGUCAUUGUUGGUCGAUAUGGCUGCGAGUUCAGGCAUAACGGGGACUCUGGAGGUGAUGCAUGCUAUGAAAAUGUCGGACCUCACCGGCAUACAGAAGGGUCUCAUCAAAGUAACUCGGUCUUUAAAGAAGAUGAAGGAAACUUUCAAACUCAUGCAUAAUCAUGUCGAUCCAGCUGAGUUUCAUGGAACAUUGAGAAUGUUUUUCUCAGGGUGGCGAGACAACCCUAUGCUUCCACGGGGGCUGUUGUAUGAAGGUGUGAGCAAUGAGCCAAUUUUGCUAUCAGGCAUCAGUGCAGCCCAGAGUUCAACCAUUCAGUGCUUUGAUGCUUUGCUGCGCAUCCAGCAUGAGGAUGAGACACAAGCCUUCCUGACACGCAUGAGGGAUUACAUGCUUCCUGCCCAUCGUCAGCUGAUACAAACUCUGUAUGUCUGUCCAUCUUUGAGAGACUUCAUCCUGUCCCACUCCAGCUCUGAUCUCUGCCAAGCCUACAACUCCUGUGUCUCCGCACUGGUGGAUUUACGGAACUAUCACCUCAAUAGUGUGACCAAGUACAUCAUUGUGCCCGGUAAUCGUGCCCGUGCCAUCGGCUGCCCGCUGAGGGGUGUGGGCCCUGCGCUAAACAACACAGGGACCGGCGGAUCUAACCUUAUGGGCUUCCUCAAGAGUGUUCGUGACACCACCCGAAAAACACUGAUUUUAGAAGUGCUAUCUGAGUCACAAGACACAGAAAUAUAAUGUAUUAUUAUUAUUAUUAUACUCCCAAGUUGGUGGAAAUAGCCAGAAAUAGGUGUGGUGGGGUGGGUUUUUCAUAGGAUGGUGAAGGGAUGACAUAGUUCGUAAAUCUGAAUAAGUGGAUGCAGUAAGGAAUUAGGAAUACUUUAUCAAAAAUGCAUAAUUAUGUAUGUAUGUACUAUAGUUGUCUCACCAGCAGGAGUUAAGUCACAAUGUGCAAAUACUUAUUUUUGUGUGAGCAAAACAGUAUUGUUGUGGAGAAAUGCUGAAAUCAAAGGUCAAU